AGCGACCAUUUUUUAUAAAUAAUAAAAAUAAAACGUUCCUAGUGGUAAUAUAAUUAUCUAUAUCUAUACGCACGCCUUAUACAUAUCUACCAAUUAUACCUACACGAUUUAACAAAGGAUAUCAUGAGCGGCGUUGCACACGACAAAAUGAGAGAAGAAGACAAUAACGAAUGCCGUACAAUGAGACCGAAACUCAAAUACUCGCUGUCGUACUGUCCGUCCAUGUCUAGGCCGUUGGACUUCAGCGUAAAAGGUCCCGUGCCGAUUUACAUACACAAAAAACAGAAAGUCCUCACCGGUUGUUCGUAUAUCGAACUUAAGUUGCAAAAACACUCAAAGGUGGGUGAAAUAACGUUCAAAAACUAUUACACGGCCAGUGUGAGCGUGCUACUGUUGAGAUCGAAUACACUGCAAGGACCGCCGAUGGGAUCGAGAAAUUGGGAGGUGGGCAUAAAGAAUCGAACUCUGAUGAACCAGCCGCACUGUGAGAACGGCGCUCAAGACUAUUUCUCGUUGUUUUCCUCCGAGGCGUGGAAUAAUGUUUCAAAGCUUAAAAUCAUACUCAGACAACCAUCACCAAUGUGUAAGACAUUCCAUCUGGAAGAAAUCAAGCUGUAUGCCGACGUGCCCAGAUUUGGCCGGCCGUUUUUUGAGCAAAAACUACCACCUUAUCUGAUUCACAACACCACAGCAGCCAUUUCAUGGAGACCGAGUACAAAGAGCUACAAUGAAAUGCAAUUUUCGCAUAAACCAGAUACGAAUAACAAGGCUCACUGUAUUGGAUAUGUAGUUGAACAAGUGCCAAACAAUUAUGACAGUUCAAAAAUAAUGUAAAAUGAGAACCUUAAAAUAUGAUUUGCGUCAACAAGACAACAAUAUAACCAUAAAUACAUUAUUUUUAACACAAGAACAACAAUA